AUGUCUGAUCCAAAAUCAGACGCUUAUGAAGCAGAAUCUCUACGAAAACUCGCAUUUUUCGGAAUCGCAAUCUCAACUGUGGCCACAUUGACAGCUAUUAUUGCAGUACCAAUGUUAUAUAAUUAUAUGCAACAUGUUCAAUCGACUUUACAAGCUGAGGUCGAUUUUUGUCGACAUCGAACUAAUGGAUUAUGGGAUGAAUAUAAUAAGGUAACCUCCUUGUUGUUUGUUCUUUUUUUCACUUGAGUGUUUUUUUUUGGACAGGAUCACUUUAGGUGUAAUUAUAGGAAUGGGUCACUACAAAUUAUUUACAUUUGUGAAAAAAAAUUUUACAGUUCGAAUCGGUUGCUGGAGUUCAGGGAAGAAUCAAACGAUCUACAUAUCAAAGAUCGAACGGUCGAACUGGUCCAAGACAGGCAAUUUCAAAGAAAAGAGCAAUCGCAAGAGGAGCGAAUAAUUAUAACAAUGAAGCUUAUGAUCUUCCGGUUGUUGGGGGAGGCGGCGGUGGAUCUUGUUGUUCUUGCGGUGUUGGAGCAGCUGGACCACCUGGUCCACCAGGUCUUGAUGGAAAUCCUGGGCAAGAUGGUCAACCGGGAAAUCCAGGAAAUCCUGGACAAGAUGCUGCAAGUGAUGAAGCACCAACUGCUGCUGAUUUCUGCUUUGAUUGUCCAGCCGGACCCCCGGGAACACCAGGAAGACCUGGACCAAAAGGGCCACCCGGCAAUCCAGGACAACCAGGAAACCCAGGGGCAAAUGCUCUUCCCGGGCCACCAGGACCUCCAGGUCCUCCAGGUCAACCAGGAUCUGAUGGACUUCCAGGUAGCCCAGGUGCUCCAGGACAACCUGGACAAGUUGUUGAUGUUCCCGGAACUCCUGGGCCUGCAGGACCUCCAGGUCCGCCAGGGCCGAUUGGGCCACCAGGACAACCUGGACCACCAGGAAGUUCACAACCCGGCCCACAAGGACCACCGGGAGAUGCAGGAAUUGAUGGAAAUCCAGGAAACCCGGGAGCACCUGGUGAACCAGGAGCACCAGGAUUGCCUGGAACAAGCGGAGGAUGCGAUCAUUGUCCACCACCAAGAACUGCGCCGGGAUAUUAA